GCUCAGAAGCUUCUAGUCCUUCUAAUGACAGAGACCAUGAAAGAGGCGGAACUCUGCUUUCCUCAACUCCUGAACAGCUCGUGCAGGAAACCAGAACCUCCUGACUCCAGCACUGGGCUACGCAACAUUGUGCUUUACUUGGUGUCUCUUUUCACUGCAUUUCUCAAUCUGUUGGUCAUUAUCUCCAUCUCACACUUCAGGCAACUCCACACACCCACCAACCUCCUCCUCCUCUCUCUGGCUGUCUCAGAUUUUCUUGUGGGUUUCUUGGUGAUGCCGGUUGAAGUCCUCCGGGCAAAGAAUUGCUGGAUCCUGGGUGACCUCAUGUGUGUGCUAUAUUUUCUGAUACCCAUAAUCACAGUCUGUGCCUCCGUAGGAAACAUGGUGCUCAUAUCUAUAGACCGUUAUGUGGCCAUUUGUGACCCUAUGCAUUACCCGACAAAAGUGACUUUAAAAAUGGCUACACUUUGUGUUUUCUUGUGUUGGAUUUGUUCUGGAAUAUAUAGCAUUAUCCUUCUAUUUGAUAACCUUAAGCAACCAGGCAGGUAUAUUUCCUGCAAAGGAGAAUGUGUGGUUAACAUAGUAGGAACUGUUGAUCUUGUUGUUGGCUUCAUUAUUCCCAUAACCAUUAUCAUUAUUAUGUAUAUGAGAGUAUUUGUGGUGGCUCUGUCUCAGGCUCGUGCCAUGAAGUCCCAAAUUGCAAAUGUCUCACUUAAGCAUUCAAAAACUGUGAAAGUUAAAAAAUCUGAGCUAAAAGCAGCAACAACACUUGGUAUUCUGAUAGUUGUUUUUCUGAUGUGUUACUGUCCAUAUUAUUGUGUUUUUCUGGCAGGCCAUAACAUCUUAAUUGGCUCCUCAAUUGAGACUUUCAUGAUUUUUUUGAUGUAUUUUAAUUCCUGUCUCAACCCUACCAUCUAUGCCCUUUUUUACCCAUGGUUUAGAAAAGCUAUUAGACGUAUUGUGACUUUACGGAUACUGCAACCUGACUCACAUAAGGCCAAUAUACUUUAA